AUCUUGUUAUACGGACGCUGAACCCCCUUGUUUACUGUAGUUUUAGUGCUCGUUGCAUGGCUAGACGAGCUCAGAGCCCCUUGACCUCUUGACACUAACCGUUUUCUGGGAGGUUUCGGGUAUUCGGGCACUCUAUGGCGUAACAUGCAUCGAUAGCAAGAAGGCUAAAUGGAAAAUUCACACCGAAGUGUGCUGAGGGGCGUACAGCAGACUAGAGCUCUGCCGACGGUUGCGAAUCUACUUUUACGUACAGUUGAGGAGUGGUGCGCAGCCGAGCUUAUGGCACCUUAACAGUAUUUCAUUAGGGAGUGAUACUGCAUUGCUGUCAAACUGAUGUGCGUCAGAACACAAGCGUCUGAAAUGAGCCGUUCGCUAAAGUGUUUUCUUCACAUUUCUAUCAAGUUUCUCCUUUUGACUUUUGUGACUGGGAAGAGUAGCGGUGAUGAAAAAGCGAAUGCAGGCCGUCGCCUAACGGUAUUCGACGAUGCGGCCACACCUGUCUACACCGGUUCGCAGUUGACUGCGGCCAUAGCAGACCAGUCGGUGCAUCUCAUUUACGUGAUGAAUAAUAUUGAGGUCAGGGAGAGCGAUUGGAUGCAACCUCCGGUUGACAUCACCCGAAAUGUCACCAUUCGAGGCUACUAUGAAGAGGAAUCCUUGUGGGUUACCCUGGAUUUUGGGUACCUAAAGAACAAGAUUGAACUGUGGCCUAGAGUGGUUGUCACCUGGCAAUACAUGGUUUUGGACCGCUGGCGGGAGGGGCCGCAUUUCCAGGCACCGGGACCGGACUGGGUAGCCACGCAGGACUACCCCAGCGGCAACGACACGUGCUCUGAAGUGCCGUACGGCUACCUUUUUGACAUUGCGCUGAUACAGCGCACCUGCCUUCCUUCCCUCGUCGGCAUUGCUUCAGUUGCCACAAUUAAAAGACCUAAUUGCACGAGUGUGGGGCCAUUAAAGUCAAGUGCCACGCCUAACAUCUCCCAAGCGGGAUGCAUCAACGACAACAGCUCAGCUGUACCUCCCACCAAACGCUGCUGGCCCAUGGUCGGAGUUUACGAUGACAUGCAUGUUGUCGGCUACAACUUUGAUGGCUGGAAUGUAGUUGAGGCGGGCUACUACAUCCUCGGAAAGAGGAUCAAAUACUUGUGUUCCACUGUCAUGACUGCUGAGUGUGUUGCUGCCGCGGGGUCGACUGUGGGCUGCUUCUACGAGAUGUUUCCUCCAGGUAGUAGCAGCAGCAGCAGCACUGACGCGAGCAGUACCGGUGGUACGAGUGAAGAUGACGCGAUGUCGGGUACAAGCAUGGUAACAUCAACUGGAGUAGGCUCCUCGUCAGCGAGGCAGCUCCAACCCACGUCAGAGCAGCAGCAAUCGCCGCCGAACCAGCGGCAGCAGCAGGAUCCGAUGCCUGGCCCGACGUCGUCAGCUGCUGCAGUGCCGGGCGACGGCAGCAGUGCCGGGCUGUUGGGUGGUAGCGGUGGAGGUGGAGGCGGCGGCAGCAGCAGCAGUCGCGGCACGCUUGGGGCUAUCCUGGGAGGCGUGUUGGGAGGCGUUGCUGUGGUAGCCCUGUUGGUGGGGUUGGCUGUAGCAGCAACCGCGGCAGCACGCCGGCAUUGUAAACCUCGCCACCAUCAUGAUACCGACGAGGAGGCUGGCAAGGAGGGAAAGUACGCCGAUAAAGGUGCUAAUGCUCACCACCAUAGCAAAAGCGCUAGCGCCGCUUCUGCUUAUGGUGCUCCACCCUUGACAGCAGCUACAGCAGCCUCAGGGGCAACGGCUUUUAGCAGCGACCUUGCCCUGAAGACCCAGCUCCGUGCAAACAAGGAGCCAGCGGACCAGCGCCAACGGGAAGAAGCGGCCGCUGCAGGGUUCGAGGGCGCGGGAGCGUGCAGUAUCGGUAGUUGCCCUGACACAAGGAGCAACACUGUAGCAGCAGCUUCUCUGGAUGAUCUGUCCCUCGUGCCAGUCACCCCACUCACUCCGAUGCUGCCCGACGUUCGGCUUGACCUGUCCCCAGACGGAAUGGAAGUACAGUUGACCCGUGUCACGUUGGGCAAGGGCGCGUCAGGGCGGGUCGUGCAAGGGAUGUACGGCGGCGUAAAGGUUGCGGUCAAACUGAUUGACUUUGGACUGGCAAAUGCUGCUGCAAUGGACGCACCUGCUGUGGCCGCGCCUGGAAUUGUUGCGCAGCCAGAAACGCAGCAGCAGAAGCUGCUGGCACCGCAGCAGGAGCUGCAACAGCAGCAGGAGCUGCAACAGCAGCAUGUGAAGGGGCGUUCACCAGAGCCGCAGCUACCGGACCAGGGUUUCCCUCUACCUGCAACGGAUCGUAGCAGCCCCGGCAAGCACGUCCAAACAGCGAACGGCAAGGGCUGGCAUGUCGAAGGGAUUAUGUCGAAGGGAUCAUCAUGCCAGCAGCAGCUUGCAACUGCAACAAACUUUGCUUCAGCGGUGUCUACGGCAUCUUUGGGGCAGGUGCUUAUUAACGGCAGCAGCAAUCACAUGACGAAGGACUGUGAUGAAGCGCAACCUGGGAAAGGUAGGGUUCCGGCAGUGGCAGUGGCAGCUGCGACGGCGGAACAGGAAGCAGCAGCAGUGACGCUGGGAGACACGGCGUUGCAGCAGCCUGCUCAAAAGGCGGCUGCGUCACACAGAGCGUGCGUUUCCGAUGACGUACAUUCUCUCCAAGGGCAGUCAGCCAUACUGCAUGAAGUGGAAGUGUUGGCUAGAUGCAACCACCCGAACAUCGUGCGGCUGCUGGCUGCCUGCCUCAGGCGUCCCCGGCUAUGUUUGGUGAUGGAGUUGAUGGAGACCUCCCUCGAACGCCUGAUGUACGGCGGCAGCGGCAGCAGCAGCCAUAACCAACAGCUGCCGUACAAACCUGAUGAUGACGGCAGGUUGCCGCUGGACAAGGUACUGCACAUUGCGCUCCAGAUUGCAAAUGGCCUGGCAUACCUGCACCCAACAGUACUGCACAGAGACUUGAAGCCAGCCAACGUCCUCAUCUCGCAUCCUGACAGCGACCAGCCGGUGGCAAAACUGGCGGACUUUGGGUUGGCCCGUCUGAGAAAUACCGUGCUCGUGACACGCAAUCCGGAGGUUGGAACGGCUCCCUACAUGGCACCCGAGCUCUUCGACGUGGACAACUACAAAAUUACCGAUCGCGCGGACAUUUACGCAUUCGGAGUUCUCCUAUGGGAGAUGCUGGCCUGCCGACGUCCCUGGGCGGGUGACAGCAUGGUGCAGAUCGCCCUCAACGUCUCGCUGCACCGCCGCCGUCCGCCCCUGGACUUGCUGCCCCCCGCCCGCUGCCCGCCCAAGCUGCGAGCGCUCAUCGAGGGCUGCUGGGAGCACUGCCCGGCGCGGCGGCCGGCGGCGGCGGAUGUGGUGAAGACGUUGGUGCUGGUGCAGCAGCAGCUGAGGGUUACGGGUGCUGGCAGCAGAGAGUCUCUGGAGGCUGUGCAUGUGACGGAUGUAAUGCUGCUGUGAGAUGAGUGAGUGCGUGAUGGAUGGAUGUGCUGUGUGGAGUUUUACGAUGGGGCCGAUUGAGGACGGUAGCGCCGCCUGGGGAAGCGCUUGUCGGCGGCCACUGGACGGCUGGGAAUGCAAUACCGGUAACUAAAAGGUAUGUGCCUCGAACGGUGAGUGUGCUGCUGCUGCCUACCGCUGCGGUUUCCUUCAUGUAAAGGGCAGCAACGCUGCUUUGAGGUGCAUUAUUGAAUUUUGAAACCGAGAUGGUGGAAUGUCGGCCAUAGGUCGGCGGGGCGGUUGGGCGGACCGGAACAUUGACAGCCCAUGUACUCCCGUGGGUUAUUAGACCUGACAAGGCCGCUGAACCGCCUGCUGUCAGCAGCUAGGGAUGGGCAGUAGCUGUUGCUGAUGUCUAGCCUGAACCUCAAUGUGCAUGCACGUUGGAACAUCGGAGGAUGUAUGAACAUGGCCGGUGCUGGGUUAGUUGUUGGAUGCAUGUGGCUGAAAUGCUUGGCGUGAGCGGCUGCGCACUUGGAUGUUGGAAUGCUUGACGUGUCCUGGCUUUGGGGUUCAGCGCUGUUGCGUUUGCACGGAUGACCUAACGACUAAUAUGCGUACACGGGUGAUUAACGACUGGUACGUAUGGUUAUGGCUUAUGAGUUAACGAGUAUAAUGAUGCAGCGGUUCAUCAUUAUUCAUGGUAUCGAUGACGGCACUGCUCACAAUGAUACAUUGAUGGAAAGCGGUGUAGGAUAAAUAAGUUAAGGACAUUCAGGGAUAUCUUGGAACAUAAAUAAGAACUUGAAGAAGGCAUGGUAAUGGGGGUGGCGGCGGUAGCGAUACCGUUGCUACAUGUAUGUGGCAUAUGUGCACAGAAGUGUCGUUUGUGUGUACGUUUGGAGACUGCCAACAACGGCACGAGUUUGGGGUGGUAGCAUCGUGAUUGAGGACGGGUGCAUGAGCAUGAUGAAGGGUUCUGGCUGCUACCAGGAGAAGUGACCCAUGGUUCACAUGGCAACCCCUGUGACAUUUUGGUUUAUGCGCUCAGAGCGUAAGGUGGUGUACGUUGCAAUGUAUUCACUGCUUGGCGCCUUGUUGCCUUCAUUACAAGACCGGGUUGGAUCCGCCUAUCCCUUAGCUGUCAGUGCAGCCCCCCCCCGUGCAUGAGGAGCUGUGUGCAGUUGCGUUGUCCGUUUGGAGCACAACUGCAGGUCCUCCGCACAGCCUAAAUAAUGCCGCAACCCACAACCGGAAUGCAUUUUAAUGCCUG